UUAAAAUAUAAGACGACGUCGUUUAUAAACCUGAUCGGAGAAAAACCAAUGGCGCGUGAAAGAGAGUGAUAUAUUGAAAGAAAACAGAGACAUUUAUAAUCAAUGGAGGUUAAAUCAAGAGCUCCCGGGAAAAUUAUUUUAGCCGGCGAACACGCCGUAGUUCACGGAUCAACUGCCGUUGCAUCUUCUAUUGACUUAUACACUUACGUUUCUCUCCGCUUCUCCACUCCUUCUUCCGAUAAUGAUGAAUCGUUGAGACUGGUGCUGAAGGAUACGGGAUUGGAAUUUUCGUGGCCAAUAAGUAGAAUUAGAGAAGCUUUUCCUGAAUCCGUUGCUUUGUUAUCUUCAAAGCCUACUUCAUGUUCUGUUGAGUGUACUAAGGCAAUUGCGUCUUUAGUUGAACAACUUAACAUACCAGAGGCUAAAAUUGGACUUGCUUCUGGAGUUUCUGCUUUUCUUUGGUUAUACUCAUCUAUUCAAGGAUUUAAGCCUGCUACAGUGGUUGUCACUUCCGAACUUCCUCUGGGUUCAGGGUUGGGUUCAUCUGCGGCACUCUGUGUGGCGCUGGCAGCUGCUCUGCUUGCUGUCACUGAUUCUGUUUCUGUGGAUGUGAACCAUAAAGGGUGGCACACUUUUGGGGAGAAGGAACUCGAUUUAGUGAAUAAAUGGGCUUUGGAAGGUGAGAAGAUCAUCCAUGGAAAGCCCUCUGGAAUUGACAACACAGUCAGUGCAUAUGGUAACAUUAUCAGCUUCAAGUCUGGUAAUUUGACACGAAUGAAGUCAAAUGUUUCCCUUAAAAUGCUUAUUACCAACACGAAAGUAGGUAGAAACACAAAAGCAUUGGUGGCUGGUGUUUCAGAGAGAAUGCUUAGGCACCCGGAUGCCAUGGCUUUUGUGUUUAGUGCAGUUGAUUCUAUCAGCAAAGAAUUGACUACCGUUCUCCACUCACCUACACCGGAUGAGCUCUCUGUUACUGAGAUGGAAGAGAAGGUAGAAGAGCUAAUGGAAAUGAAUCAAGGUCUGCUCCAGAGUAUGGGUGUCAGUCAUGCCACAAUAGAAACUGUUCUUCGAACAACAUUGAAGUACAAGUUAGCUUCUAAGUUGACAGGAGCUGGUGGCGGGGGCUGUGUUCUGACAUUGCUUCCAACAUUGCUUUCGGCCACCGUUGUUGAUAAAGUGAUUGCUGAAUUGGAGUCAAGCGGAUUCCAAUGUUUCAUUGCCGGAAUUGGUGGGAAUGGUGUUGAAAUUAGCUUUGAGCAUUCAUCUUGAUGUUCCUUUUUUUUUUCCCCAAGGAAUGAAGUCAAUGAUCAAGGGAUCUGAUUCUAAAAUUAAUAAAAAGUUUAGAAGUUUAUUGAAGUCAAUGAUCAAGGGAUCUGAUUCUAAAAUUAAUAAAAAGUUUAGAAGUUUAUGUUUGUCUUUUAACAUCCGUGUGCAUCAUUAUGUAUCGUUUUCUUUCUUUUUGGAGUUACUUGUAAUUUUCUUUUCUAUUCAAUCUUGAAUAGAAAAUUGGAGGAAAUAAAUCCUCGGAUAUAUGGAUAUGGAUCAUGAUGUCAAUCAAUUGAACCAGGAACUUACGUGUGACUGUAUUGCACACACUAUCAGGAUUCUACAGAGCACCCCAUUUUUUGGUUGUAUUAAAUUGACGUUUGAUUAA